GGCCAGGCUGCUCGGCGCGGGGCCCUUUUCCCCGGAGUCGGGGCCGGGCUCGCGGGAACCGGUUACCGCACGGACCCGGACGACCUCUGCUUCGUCAUUUCCUGCCGGCCCGUCGGUUUCCGGAAGAGACGAGGAACCAGCUUGUCUUGGGCAAUAGAGUACAUUAUUGGGGCCAAGAAGCCUCUUCAAACCAAGUUUUAUUUCUUCGGUGGGAAAAAACCACCAUAAAAUUAUGCUGUUGAUGUGGUAACAAACCUGGAGUGAAGUCAUUUUGAAGCCACGUGGAAUUAGAUGAGAGCCCACAAACAAAAUCCAGCAAGAUGAAGAAAAAUGGUGUUCUCUGAAAGCCCAGUUUUGUAUCCCUUUGUCGGGAGCUGACGAUAUUAUUUUGGGGGUGUUGGGCGCCAACAGAGUCACUGACUCUAAAUGACUGCACAGAUAGGGGAAUACAUACAUCACCCGACCCAGAGCUGAGGAAUCAGAGGAGCAAGUGCCCUUGAAUGAAGAAGCAUGGGCCACAGCCCCGGUGAGCAGCCAGGGAGGACGCACGCUCUGCAGGCAUCUUACGUUGGAAACAGCACAAUUCGACUCCCAUGUUCUCUUUGAGUAUGAGAGAGAAUCCUAGUUUCAGCAUGUCUCCAAUAGAGACCAAAGAACCAGGAGGAGACAUCACAGCUUUCCCAGAUUGGGAGGAAAAAUAUGGAAUGUGUUUUACCGCUGACUGAACACAACCAAAUGAACUGGACUGACAGUAGUUUGAAAACCAGCAGUUAGCAGUUUGUUCAGGCUCUAACAUUGUCCAGCACUUUCCAGAGCAAACUCACUGUUUACAAGAACUCUCGGCCUUACGACGUUUAUAACCUCAAGCUUCGUUUAUUUAAAAUAUUUCUGCAAAGAAAAGUGCCCAGAGCCCACUUUCCAAAAUGGCCGUGGAUGGGUAUUUGUGGAUGGUCAUUUUAGGCUUUAUCAUAGCUUUUAUAUUGGCAUUUUCUGUUGGUGCAAAUGAUGUUGCCAAUUCAUUCGGUACUGCUGUGGGCUCCGGUGUAGUGACCUUGAAGCAGGCGUGCAUUUUGGCUUCAAUAUUUGAAACCACGGGCUCAGUGUUAUUGGGAGCCAAAGUCGGAGAGACCAUUCGAAAAGGUAUCAUUGAUGUGAACCUCUACAACGAGACAGUGGAAACACUAAUGGCUGGGGAAGUUAGUGCAAUGGUUGGUUCAGCUGUUUGGCAGCUGAUUGCAUCCUUCCUGAGACUUCCCAUCUCAGGAACUCACUGCAUUGUUGGUGCAACUAUAGGAUUCUCACUUGUUGCAAUUGGCACCAAAGGUGUGCAGUGGAUGGAGCUGGUCAAGAUUGUUGCUUCUUGGUUUAUAUCUCCACUAUUGUCUGGUUUCAUGUCUGGCGUGCUGUUUGUACUGAUCAGAAUUUUCAUCUUAAAAAAGGAGGACCCUGUUCCCAAUGGCCUCCGGGCCCUGCCGGUGUUCUAUGCUGCUACGAUAGCAAUAAAUGUGUUUUCCAUCAUGUACACGGGAGCACCAGUGCUCGGCCUGGUCCUUCCCAUCUGGGCGAUAGCGCUCAUCUCCUUUGGCGUAGCGCUGUUGUUCGCCAUUUUCGUGUGGUUCUUUGUGUGUCCAUGGAUGCGGAGGAAAAUAGCAGUAGCUGAAUUUUCUGGCCUAAGUUUUCCAGACAAUCGAUUGAACUCUCCACUUCAUUUUCUCUGUCUAGCUGUUACGUUUUUGUUUCAUUUCCAAAGCAAAUUACGAAAAGAAGGUGCUUUAUCGCGGGUCUCUGAUGAAAGCCUCAAUAAAAUUCAGGAAGCGGAAUCCCCCGUAUUUAAAGAGCUCCCUGGCGCCAAGGCCAAUGACGACAGCACCAUCCCUCUCACGGGGUCGGCUGGGGAGACAUCUGUGGCCCCAGAAGGCACAUCCGUGGUCAACCACCCCCGGGUGGCUUAUGGAAGGGCACUUUCCAUGACUCACGGCUCCACAAAAUCGCCCGUCUCCAAUGGCACAUUCGGCUUCGACGGCCACACGCGGAGCGACGGCCACGUGUACCACACGGUCCACAAGGACUCCGGGCUCUACAAAGACUUGCUGCACAGAAUCCACACGGACAGGGGCUCCGACGAGAAGCCCGCCCAGGAGAACAACUACAGGUUCCUGCGGCGGAACAACAGCUACACGUGCUACACGGCGGCCAUCUGUGGGAUGCCAGUGCACUCGACCUUCAGAGCUGCUGACCCGUUGCCUGCCCCCGAGGACAGUGAGAAGCUGGUGGGUGACACCGUGUCCUAUUCUAAAAAGAGACUUCGCUACGACAGCUACUCCAGCUACUGCAAUGCGGUAGCCGAGGCUGAGAUAGAGGCAGAGGAGGGAGGUGUGGAGAUGAAGCUGGCGUCCGAGCUGGCAGACCCUGCCCGGCCUCGAGAGGACCCUGUGGAAGAAGAAAAAGAUGAGAAAGACACAUCCGAGGUCCACCUCCUGUUCCACUUUCUGCAGGUCCUCACUGCCUGCUUUGGAUCCUUUGCACAUGGUGGCAAUGAUGUGAGUAAUGCCAUCGGUCCUCUGGUGGCUUUGUGGCUGAUUUAUGAACAAGGUGGCGUCCUGCAGGAAGCACCUACUCCCAUCUGGCUGCUGCUUUACGGAGGAAUCGGAAUUUGUACGGGGCUCUGGGUUUGGGGAAGAAGAGUGAUCCAGACCAUGGGGAAAGACCUCACUCCAAUCACGCCAUCCAGCGGCUUCACCAUUGAACUGGCCUCCGCGUUCACGGUGGUGAUCGCCUCCAACGUGGGGCUUCCUGUCAGCACCACUCACUGCAAGGUGGGCUCCGUGGUGGCUGUGGGCUGGAUCCGCUCCCGGAAGGCCGUGGACUGGCACCUCUUCCGGAACAUCUUCGUGGCCUGGUUUGUGACUGUCCCCGUGGCUGGGCUGUUCAGUGCUGCUGUCAUGGCUCUCCUUGUGUACGGGAUCCUUCCAUAUGUGUGAUUUGUCUUCUGCCAGCCAGCCAGCGAGAGAGGUUCUGGCAUGGGGAUGUGUGGGAGGCGUGUGCCCGCAUUUCUCACACGCACACGCGUCCUGCCCACGCACGGGCUGCCUCCCAGCCAGCUUCUCCACGCCCUGCAGGUGGUUCGAGACCACAGUUCACCUAGGUGGUAGUCAUCCUCCAGAGCUAACUUAACUACUGUACAUAUCAUGUGCAUUAAACUGGUAUCGUGGUGACAUAACAUGGUGCAGUUACUUAUAUAUUAAAUACAUAUUGUAUACAUAGAAUAGGUAGCAUUAUUGCAAAUAUAUCCAAAAUGGGAGUGGAGAGAAUUGCCUAGAAUUCAAUAUUCAACAGAUCUUUGUACAUAGUGAUUUCAGUGGCAAAUUUUGAGAACCUUUUAAAAGGAAAGUGUAGAUUGGAAAAUGCUGUUGUUCCCAUUUAACAUACUGUAAGAUAACUGAGAGAUGUAUGAUACAAAUUUGGGAGGUGUGCGUAUGUUGAAGUGAUAUUGAAUAAUACUGGAACAGGAGUUCCCAAGUGCUUUCACUGAAGUUUGUUCAUAUACUGUGUAUUGAUUAUGUAAUAUAUCAUAAUUGCUUCUGUAAAUACUUAAAACUGUAAUUUUUUAAUGAUGUGCGCUUCCUAGCUUUUUUGAUCAGAGAAUUUUUGGAGAGUACCAAAGAAGCAGGGGAAUAGUUUGCCAGUAUUAUAUUUUCAUAUCGUUUGUCUCCCCUCCUCAUGAAUCCUACCUUUAACUUGGGAUGUAGCAAUACUGCCAGGCUCUGGCCUGCCCCAGCAGUGUGUGCGGUGAGGCACCGUCCCCCAUCGUGUACACGUCCCACUUCCGGUUCCCGAUCCCACCCUCCCCCACCACUGCUGCCACAUGCAGGUAUCAGUCAGCCUUGCCAUGGCCGUUCAUUGUCAAUGUAGAGAAUGUACAGAGGACAUGCACUCAAGCACUACAUAUCAAGUCCAGUUUUAAUUUUCACUCCUUUCUCCCCUGCAGCCACAGGAAUUCUUGUCUCAAACAUUGAGGCAAAUACUUUGACAUUCUAGAAAUUUGGGAGAGGGGUGGUUGAAAUACCAGCUAAUACACUGGAUUUGAGGAUUUCCUUGAGGCCUUCGCUAAGCUGAACAUCUUGAUGCUCACUGUAUCCCAUUGGUUUAUUUUUUGAUAGCGGGAGGAAGUAUGACUAAUGUUAGAGCCUGAAACUGAAAAUGCUGCUAAAAUUUUUAUAUUGACAGACAUUUUCUCGGUACUUCAUUGUGAUUUUUCAUUAAUCAACCAUAUUAAAUUUAUAAUAAAAAAAAUGCCCCUCAA